GCCAAUUUAUUAGACAGCUUCAAAAAUUUUGUUUUCUGUGGGAAAUUUUUAAGGCGGUGCUGCCUGAAAAAAAAAGUGGCAUCCAACUUUACUAUAAAUAAUUUCAUAAUCUUUUAAACUUAUAGAAUCAAAUUCCUAAAAAUCCCUGCUUUGUUACUUUCUUUCCUAUGUCUAUGCCGUCUUAAGCUCCUAUAAUAUAUUAUUUUCUCUCUAAAAUUAUAUAUAUUUUUAGUCAAGAACUAAAAUAAUAAAAUUGGUUUCUCUUUUGUUUCCUUUUUACUCCCCCCCAAACUUGCUAAGCUUUCAACUUUCAAUCAAGCUUCAAUUUUUGUCCUCUCUCUCAGAGAAUUGAAGACUAGGGAAGUUAAGAUGUCGACUAUGGGAAAUUCGACAAAUAUAUUUUGGCAAGAAUCGCCUGUUGGGAAGCUUGAGAGACAGAAGCUACUUAACCAAAAGGGUUGUGUCGUAUGGAUCACUGGUCUUAGCGGAUCAGGUAAAAGCACACUUGCAUGUUCACUAAGUAGGGAACUUCAUACAAGAGGCAAGCUAUCCUACAUACUUGAUGGGGACAACGUUCGACAUGGAUUAAACAAGGAUCUUGGUUUCAAGGCUGAAGAUCGAACAGAAAAUAUUCGCAGGGUUGGUGAAGUGGCAAAGCUCUUUGCAGAUGCUGGUUUAAUCUGCAUUGCCAGUCUAAUAUCUCCAUAUAGGAAAGACCGUGAUGCAUGCCGAGCAAUGUUGCCGGAUGCUUUUAUCGAGGUUUUCAUGAACAUGCCCCUAGCAUUAUGUGAAGAGCGAGAUCCGAAAGGUCUUUACAAGCUUGCCCGUGCUGGAAAGAUUAAAGGUUUUACUGGCAUAGAUGAUCCUUACGAACCACCUUUGAACUGUGAGAUAGAACUAAAUCAGAAAGAUGGAGUUUGUCCCACACCUAGUGCCAUGGCUGAGGAAGUAGUUACUUACUUGGAGGACAAAGGAUAUCUGCAAGAUUAGCGACCAAUUCUCGGUUGUCAUGGUCGAGCCUCGGUUGUCAUGGUCGAGCAUUCUCAAUCGAGUUCAAUUGCCCGCCAACUUUGUAUUCCUUUCGUCCCAAGUAAUUGUUAUCUUUUAAGUGGACAGGGUUUUCAAGUUAGUGGGCACAUCAAGGUCACUAACAACUCCAUUGUUUUACUGGAAAUUACGGAUUGAGGUCAUUGGAUUUAUUACUUGUAUUCUGGAUAUUUAUGAAUGAACACCACUCGUGUCUCAGUUUGAACUUCUUAUAUUUACAACAUUCUAGUCUUUAAA